AUGGCGCGAAUUGCAAACUCGACGUCAACAGAAGACUGGUUGGACCGGAUGAAUAGUCUUAAUUAUAUUCUCAACGCAGAAGAGGGAGAUGACUAUACCAGAGUCAAGAUUGCGGUUCUCGAUACCGGCGUUGAUCCAAGUAACGCUGCCGCUAGGUACAUUAAAAGUUAUAAAGACUACGUGAGCAGGAAUGACAGCAUAAUGUGCGACAAUACAGGACACGGGACGACCUCAGUAAACCUGGUCUUUAGUAUAUGUGAGUCAGCCGACAUAUACGCCGUCAGGAUCUUCGAAAAUGACAAGGCAAACGAGAAUACUCGUGAGCUAGCCGCCGAGGCUAUCGACUGGUGCAUGACCGAGGAAAUGGAUAUCAUCUGCAUGGCAUGCGGUUUCUUUAGUAACUACGACACAUUGCACGAAAAAGUCCGCCGGGCUUCCGAAAAGAUGCUGAUUAUUGCAGCGCCGACCAACGAUGGCAACGCAAGCGAGAUUGCCUAUCCAGCUGCUUACGGGGAGGUGUUAUCCAUGUUUUCGACUAAUGGUGCAGUUAGAAAAUCCCGUUUUAAUCCAUCCAAUCCACCGGAAAAGUAUAACCUCGCCAUUCUUGGGGAAGAUAUAAAAACCCCCAGAGGCGAGUUGAAUUGCGGGACGUCCUUCUCGACCGCCAUUGCUGCCGGAUUUACAGGCCGGUUGAUGGACUUUUCAAGACACCACGACGCCAAGUGUCACAUACAGAACGCUGAAAAGAUGAAGAAUAAGUCUUCUAUGAUUCAAGUCUUGUUGCAUAUACACGAGUGGGACGAUCCGUACUACUGCAUAAAGCCUUGGAAGCUAUUACCGGAGGAACUGCGAAAUAGGAUUCCAUUUACGAUGUCAGACCUACCUUCUGACGAGGAAAAAAGGGGGGCAAGAAAACGUAUCUGGCAAAUGAUCUCACUAGGCUGUUGGGAUUAA